AUGAGGUCAGGAAGGACCUUACUCCCCCAAGGCCGUUCGCUCCCCACGCUAGUCCUCGUGGCGCUCCUGGUGGGUGCUCUUGGCGAGGAUAUGAUUUUUCACCCCGAGUGGGGAUUUGAGUCGUAUGAAAUCAUCAUUCCCAAGAAGCUGAGCUUCCGGGGAGGUCAGCAGGGUGCUGUGGAGCAAGUGUCCUACCUCCUGCAGGUCAAAGGCAAGAAGUAUGUCCUUCACCUGUGGCCCAAGAGGUUUCUAUUACCCCGAAAUCUGAAGGUUCUCUCCUACACGGAACAGGAGAAACUCCUGGAGGAUCAUCCUUACAUACCCAGGGACUGCAACUACGUAGGCUCGGUUGAAGGAACUCAGGAUUCAGAGGCUACUUUAAGUACAUGCAUGGGGAGUCUUCGAGGCAUAUUGAAAAUUGAUGAGGAACAUUACCAAAUCGAGCCCCUCAGGGGCUCUUCUAGCUUUGAACAUGUCAUAUAUCUCCUGAAGGAAGAGGACACAUUUCAGAAUCAUACCUGUGGCUUAACUAAUGAUGAACUAGAAAAACAGAUAGCCCAGAAUGAGAAUAUGGCUAGGCGUAGCGACUUUUAUAAUUCCUAUAAGCAUCAGAAGUACAUGGAAGUGGCCAUGGUCUUUGAUCACAGUAGAUACUUGUUUUUAGAAUCCAAUGUUACUCGAGUCAUAUAUGAUGCCAUUCUUUUGAUUGCGGUUAUGGACACCUUCUUUAGAGAGAUAGGUAUGAGGCUAUAUCUACAAGGUAUUGAAAUAUGGACAAAUGAAGACAAAAUAAAUAUUAACAAUAUGAACUCAGGAGAAAUUCUAUAUGCAUUUUUAAGAUAUCGCAAAAUACACCUUUCUGUUCAGAUUCCAGAAGAUUGGGGACAUUUGUAUAUUUCAAAGACUUAUGUUCAUGCUAAUGCUCUUGGAUGGUCGUUUAUUGGAAGUGCAUGUGUAGAAAACUAUAGUGGCUCUGUAAGUACUCUUACAAAUAUAAAUAUCCUUGCUGCCAGCAGAAUGUCUGCUCAUGAACUGGGACAUGGUGUAGGAAUGAAACAUGAUACAGAAUUUUGUCAAUGUAGGGGUAGGCAAACUUGUAUCAUGGGCACUGGGAGUAGUGGGUUUAGUAAUUGUAGUUAUUUGCGGUAUUUUUAUCACGUACAUACAUCAGGACACUGUCUAAAUAAUAUCCCAGGACUGGGUUAUGUGUUGGAGAGAUGUGGAAAUAAAAUUGUGGAAGGGAAUGAAGACUGUGAUUGUGGUUCAAGAGAGGAGUGUAAAAAAGACAAGUGUUGCCAACCGGAUUGUAAAUUCACGGAAGGUGCCAAUUGUAGCACUGGGCUUUGCUGUCAUAACUGCCACUUUCGUCCACUUGGGUACAUGUGUCGAGAGGAAGAUAAUGAAUGUGACCUUGCAGAGUACUGCAAUGGAAUCUCAAAUUUCUGCCCAAAUGACAGUUAUAAGCUUGAUGGAACCCCCUGCAAGCAUAACUCCCUUUGUUUCAGAAAGAAGUGCCGUUCCAGAUAUAUGCAGUGCCAAGACAUUUUUGGAGCUGAUGCCAGGGAGGCUCCUGAUCAGUGCUAUCACGCAGUUAAUUUAAUGGGUGAUCAAUAUGGGAACUGUGAAAUUUUAGGAGUCCGUGCCUAUAAAGCUUGUACCAAGGCAAAUGCAAUGUGUGGCAGGCUGCAGUGUAUAAAUGUCAACACCAUCCCUGAUCUGCCAGAGCAUACGAUUGUCAUCUCUACUCAUCUGCGAGAGGAAAAUCUCAUGUGCUGGGGGGUAGGCUACCACAAAGCCAUGAUACCCAUGGGAAUACCCGACAUAGGUGUAAUAAAUGAUGGUACCCGCUGUGGUUAUAACGGACUAUGUAUUAACAGAACUUGUGUGAACGAUUCAGUCUUGGAUUUUAACUGUUUUCCUCAAAAGUGCAACCACCGAGGCGUUUGCAACAAUAAAAAAAACUGCCACUGCAUGUAUGGCUGGGCCCCUCCAUUCUGUGAGGAGGUAGGGUAUGGAGGAAGCAUUGACAGUGGGCCUGCAAGGAAGCAGAAAGAGGAGGUACCUACGCCAGUACAGGUCGUGUCCGUUAUGUUAGUACGCCUUAUUUUCUUAGUCAUCUCAGUGAUUCUUGUGUUUUUCAAGAGAAUGAUAAGACAGUAUAUGCAAUCCAAACAGAAAUAA